GUUCGGAGGCGCGCGCCUCGCAGGAACGCCGCACCGUGCAGAAGUUCUUUCCGGUUCGGCGCGGCGCGCGGGCGGGGAGCGGGAACGCAGGGCGAUCGGGGAACACCGCAGCCGGGCCGAGCCGCGCUCGGAGUUACAAACUCUAUUGUGACGCACUUACUACGACUGCGGCCGCUGCCAAACCUUCCCCAGACUUGCUGCCCUCAGCAUUUUCGGCGAACAAUGGGGCCGGAGCGGGGAACGCGGCCAGCCGCCUGCAAUCGCUGCAUCUGCGCCUGGCCCUGGGCUGCAGCGCCGGCUGAUCCCGGGAAAUCAGAGCCCGCUGGGCAGCCCGCUGGGAGUUCGGGCUGGUGCGGGUCUGUCUAGCGCGAGGAGCACAUGCCGAAAAAACGACCAAAUGGCCAAGCAACCUUCCGAUGUAAGUUCUGAGUGUGACAGAGAAGGUGGACAGUUGCAGCCUGCGGAGAGGCCGCCCCAGCUCAGGCCUGGGGCCCCCACCUCCCUGCAGUCGGAGCCGCAAGGUAAUCCGGAAGGCGACCGCUGUGCGCACGGCAGCCCUCAGGGCCCGCUGGCCCCAUCGGCCAGCCCUGGCCCUUUCGCUACCAGGUCCCCGCUCUUCAUCUUUGUCCGAAGAUCCUCCCUGCUGUCUCGAUCGUCCAGUGGGUAUUUCUCUUUUGACACAGACAGGAGCCCGGCACCCAUGAGCUGUGACAAAUCAACACAAACCCCAAGUCCUCCUUGCCAGGCCUUCAACCACUAUCUCAGUGCAAUGGCUUCCAUGAGGCAGUCUCAGGCUGAACCUGCAGACACGCGUCCGGAGACCUGGAUCGCGCAGGAGUUGCGGCGGAUCGGAGACGAGUUCAACGCGUAUUACCCACGCAGGGUUUUUUUGAAUAAUUACCCAGCAGCGGAGGAGCAGCCCCAAAUGGUUAUCUUGCGACUGUUGCGUUACAUCGUGCGCCUGGUGUGGAGGAUGCAUUGACCGGGCCUCGGCGGAGCCCAGCGGCACUGUGGCUCUGCAGCAGGGGAGCAUGCGCAGGGGACGCUGCGCCGCCCUCACGCCCUGCGCCCGCUGCCAUGAACUUGACUUCUCGCUCGGCGCUACGUGCCGGAAGAUCUGGUGGGAGCGUGUCCUGAAUGUAAAUGCGGGAGAGUUCUUUUUUUCUUAAUGUACAAAUCAUGGUUCUUUGGAGCAGGAUUUUAUGCAAGAGUGGUGUUUACAUGCAGUGUCUGUAUUUUUUUUUCCACCUCCUUUAAUAAGAACAGGUUUUUGAAAAAAAGGAAAUGGAAAAUUUUUAACCAACUCAUGAAUAAUUUUUGUACUAAAACUUUAAGAACUUAUUGCCUACUCUCAGAGGAUUAUGUAAACCCUGCCGUGGAAACUGAGCCAGCUAAUUUAUAAAGCUGCCUUGGUUUAUUUUUAGAGAUUACUGUACAGAAUUUUUACACAGGGCAAGGUGUGACAUGUCCCCUCCCUUCCCUGCCGUGGUUGCUUUAACCUUUUUUUUCUCUUUUUUUUUUUUUUGUAAUUAUUGUUAAUACCAAAAGAGUGUGUAUGGAGCAGAAUGGAGUCAAGUGGCAGAGGGGCCGCUCCUGUUUUGUAAAUAUUUACUUACCUCCUGAGUGCAGUGGCACCGUGGCUCGCCUGCAGGCUGCGCUUGUGGGUUUCCCGCCAUCUCCCAAGAUGCUCUGCUGGUCCAGCUGGGCUCUGUGGCAUACAUGGACCAGGGGUCUUCCCACGACUGGAUAUGAUGGGGCACGGCAGCCCAGGCCACCUGUGCACUAGCCAAGUCGCUAAGCAGUUCUGGGGCGGGUGUCCGGGUAACUUUGAUGGCGUGGCGAGAGAGAAGCGUGCUGAAGAGCAGAGAGCAGUGGAGACCGGGCUCUGUGCACUGCAGGCCUCCCCACAGCUGCCGGCUGCAGGCUCAGCACCAGCCCCAGCGGUCAGCACGCCUGUGCAUCCAGCCACAGGCCGGGGGAGGGGGAGGCCCCAUAUGGCCAUUCUCCAGGCAUCGGCCGUCAGCCCACCCCAGUCUACGUGGCCUGUGAUGCCGACAUUUGACCCCAGCUCCUGUCGGUCUACCUUGACAUACAGGCUGAAUUCCACUUUCAGCAGUGCCAGGGAAGAACACGAGGGGGGAAUCCAAACUGCCCGCUUUCUCCAUUUCUCUUAGGACAGUGGGAUUCUCUCGGCCCCCCGGGGCUCCACCUCUGUGGGAUGUCCCCCGGGUGCCUCCCUGCCCCUUGGCGGCGGUACCUGGGGAGCCCUCUCUCCAGUCCGUCAUUCCAAAGCCAGUCCAGUGACCAGGGACACCAAGAGAGAAACAGCCCAGGGAACAGUGGAAGCUUGGAGGUGACUCAUGUCAUUUUAGAAAAUAAUUUUUUUAAAAGACUCCACCAAUCUUCAGCUGCGCCAACAACUAUUGCAUUUGCUUUUACAUCAACAUUAAAUUAAGUGGGAAAAUCCAUGCAUUUGUGUCUUCACAGUUUUAUGAAAAUACAUGUACGUAUGUAUAGCCUCUGUAUUUUUUCCUUUAGGUAGAGAUGAUUUGAUUUCAGAUGCUCUUCCUUUGUUAAAAUUUUCUCUUUUCCCCCCAAUCUCCCUGGAGUUUGGAAAGUUUAGAAGCUGUGUUGGCGCUCCACUCGAUUCUCGACGUGUCUCGAGGGCACUCGUGGGGUCACACACAGCCCACGGUUUGCAGGAUCGCAGCCACGGGCCUGCUGGACAUCACACACCAAAGAUGUAUUUGGUCCUGGGCCGCCCCCUCCCAGGAUCCCCGUGCCCACGUGCCAGUCCCCGUGACUGCAGCACUUUACUCUCUUCCUUCAGCCCUGUGAACCCCAGAGCACUGGGGACAGGCGUGGGGGCUCUGCUCGCCGUGGCCCCGGCCCCCGCCCAGGCUCCAGGCUCUGAGGAGUUAGAGGUUCUCUGAAUUGUAGAAGUGUUAAGGAGCAGGCUGUGGGCAGCAGAGCCUGGAGAGGUUCCCCGCCGUCACUGCAGGCGUCUCUCCGUCACGAUGCCUCCCUGCAGGAAGUGCACCUGCCCUGGGUAUGCCUCUUACGUUUUAGCUUCUGUUGUUGUCGUCAUUUAAUUUUUGUAGAAAAAAAAAGAAAAAGAGCUAGAUCCCUUUUUUGAAUACGUAAUGCGGGUUUUGUGCCUUGAUAACCUCUCCCUGUGUGAGGUUUGUAGAAAGUGUCCUGUGACUUCGCACCGAGAUGCAAUAAACACACACACACACACACACACACACACAGUAGCUUCACGAGGGAUUCCACAGAUGACCUUCUAGAAACAAUUCGGUAAAGAAGUUUCAGUUAAGGGUGGGGGGAAUGGAUUUUGGCGAAAACAUUUUAAAAAUUCCUUGUGACGUGGGGAGAAAAAUGCAAUGGAAUACAAUUUUCUUCUGUGUUCCCUUCUUAAUGUUGUAUAUAUUUUGACUAUUUAUUAGAUUAGGAGGUCAGAUUUUACUUAUCAACUGAGCCAGAUGUCUGUGUGCAAUUGUGUUCCUUUACCUUUCUUGUAAAAUUUUGUACAGCUUAUAUAAGUAAAAAAAAAUCACUGUUUUUUCUAAGCUUUUUAGAAUCAAGGACUGUAAAUAUUGUAGAUUCUUUUUCUGUGUCAUGUGUCCUACUGUUUCAUGAUGCUGUAACAUGUAGAAAUAUUGUAUAUUUAUUUUCUGCUUAUUUAAUGUCGUAAGUUCUUGAACGUGCCGACGUCCCUGCCCCCACCCCCAUGGAACGCUUCCCCCUCCAGGUGUGGGGUGGCCACCGGCCUCCAGCGUGGGUCCUGGGUUUCAGUUCUUGGACUCUGUUGUCCUUAGCUUGUGUGUAGAUACCAAUAAGAAAGUGUAAAUCCGGCUGGCUACACAAGUCUGCUCCAAGAAACACUCAGCAACUUUGUUUGUUGCAGAGCUGCUAACUUCUGCCGACUGCAGACGCGCAUCGUUUUAAAAACAGCAAUGUGUUACCAGCAUUGGGGAAAGAUUUUUUUUUUCCAUUGAAAAUUCAUCCCUGACAGCUCCAAGCAGAGGAGAUGCAAAUGCGCCCCUCCUGGACGUGCGGCCACGUGGUCUUCCAGGGUGAGGGCCAGGCUGGUGAGGAGCACCUGUGGCUCCCUGUGCUUUGCCGUGUGGACUGUGUGUGCAGGAGCUGAUCCUGCAGCCAUCCACUCUCCCCCAACCGUGGGGUCAUCCCUGCUUCUUCAGGUCAAAGCCCUCCCUCCGAGAACUUGGGGGUCCCGCUGAGCUGGGAUGGGGGGCUCAAGAAGUAGAAGCUCACGGAAGCACUAGGGUGACGAGGUGACUACCUGCUGGUUUAGCCUGGCGCCUCUGCGUGUGCAGCACACGCGUGUGCGGGGAUGUGUCCACACGUGAUGCUAAGUCGGCCAGGCUCUGCUGCAAACAGCGUUGUGUGCCGGAAGCAUUCUCAAGCCCCCAGCUCCAGUAACUUGACUACUUUUAUUUGAGAAUUCCAGAUUUGAGAGGCUGUCUUGGCUUUUAGGUUUUCUGUCCAGAUUCUGCGACCACUGGUUACUGUAUCCGAACUCAUCAGGUACCCAUUUAUAAAUAGCACUGAUCUGUCUGUAUACUGAUCCAUCACUAACUUGUUUCCUAGGACCCAGCGUAUGUAGCAUUUGUAUUGCAAUUUCCCUGGCUUCCUUGUGUUUUGCACUGAUGAAUUUUGACAGGGUAAUUGCCACUUUACUUGUGCAAUACUGCUGUAAAUAACUGCACAUUUUUUUAAGAAACUCAAUCUUUUAUGUUCUUAAUGAAUUUUAUAUAAAUAAAACUUUCAACUUGU